AUGCAUCUCCAACAGAUGUGCACUGCACAUGUCGAGGAGGAGUCCUGGCCAGAACAGCCUGUGCACUGGGAGCUGUGGCUUCCAGACCCCCAAAGUGGCCAGCAACUGUGUGCACUCCGGUCUGACGACCUGGACCUACGUCUUUGCAAGUCCGAGCCAGUGUACACUCCGGACAUUGAACAGCUGCUCAGUGGUUUAACUGAGCCACUGCAGAUGGUUCAUACUGUCGACCCGCGAGAGGCGGAAAAGCACAGUGAAGUGUCAAUCCAGAAAGAGAUCGGGGUCAUAGAAGAAGCUGUGCACCGUUUGCCGCCUAGCGAGGUGCGCAAAGGGAACUGGCUUCAUCAAACGCAAGGCGAGGCUUGUUGCGUGUGGAAACUAAGCCCAGUCAUGCUGUUUGGUGGAUGCCAGGCAUCUUAG